AUGACUAAAACUGCUAGUGUUACUAAUGUCGAAAAGGAUAGAUUUUCUAUACGUUGUGAAAUUUGUUUUCAACCAUUUCACAUCAGAAAAAGACUACCAAAGCUGUUACCUUGUGAGCACAACUUUUGUGAGCAAUGCAUUUUCUCGCUUUGUUGUCAUCAGCAGUAUUAUUUAUUGGAUUCAAUUAACUGUCCCACGUGCCGUACCGAAUUCAAUACCUCAGCAGCCCUUGCUGCUACUACUAACUAUCGUUUAUGCCAAUUAUUGGAGACAGUACAACAGCAGCAAGUGGGAACCACGAAUGAUGCUAAUAUAACUGUCAUUCAUGUCUCUGACAAUAACUGUUCAACAAGAAACAGGUCAGCCAGACUACACUCCUGGCAACGAAAUCCGAGAUCACUUUCUAAUCCCAAAAGAUGUCAACUGAUGCAAUGUACUGAUUGUUCUCGAAAAAUGAAUGAGAAGAAAUGUCGAAAAGAAGUUCGAUUUUGUGAAGGCUGUUUUAACACUAAAAAAGAUGACGACGAUUGCUUGCGUGUGAUAUGUCUAAAAUGUUGUGUAGAUCGACACAAUGGUCACAAAUUGGUAACUCUGAGUGAGCUCGAAAAUGAACAUCAAAAACUAAUUAAUGACCUGCGUAGUUUACAACAAAGCAUUCAGAAAACAAACAAAUGGAUAGAAAUCAGUUUAAAAGUACUCACUGAAGAUUCUAUGAUAUCUGCAACAGAUUGUAUUGCAUUGUGUAAGGCUAAACAAAACCUUCGGAAUGAAUGUGAAGCUGAUAUGAGAUUUGCCCUGUCAGUUUUAGAAAACGCUGGCACAACACCGUUGUCGCCUACAGCUCUGCAGAGAAUGAGGCAGCAUCAAUAUCACAACAGCGCCAGAUUGCAUAAAUUAUUACAUUUUAUUGAGAAAUUUAACCAAUCAAUCAAAGAACGUUAUAAUCGAAGCAUUAAAGUGGGCACUUCAAUGUCCCACUCGUCACUUCCUUCUCUGGACCGUCAAACACGUAUCACACUCUGCAAUAGCACUUCCGAUGAUCGGUCAGCGGCAGAAGCAAUUGCAGCGGUGUUGGUAGUUGCUUUCGAUCGUAAGUCGUACAACGGAAGUGAAAAAAGAAUGGAAGUAGUAGAAGAAGCCAUGAGAGCAGUGGGCAAGAAAAACUCAACAAAAGCGGUACGACGUGCAGCUCUGCUAUGUUGCGCAAAACAACUGCGCGAAUUCAUCGAUGAUGAGAGCAUCAGUAAGCAAUCAAUACUUCUUUAUAUCGAUGCAUAUUUGCACAUAUUUUACCAGCUAAAUCUUCUGGUGUCAUCCCAGGAAAAUAGUCAGGACACAACAGCAGUAACACGAUGGGACAUUUGGAAACUGAUACAAGUGAUAUAUAGUGAUCUGAUGAGAUGUGCAGCCAAGCAUUGGGAGAGUGACGAAAGUGAACGAGUGGACUUGAUAGAUGAUUUGGCUUUUCUCUGCUUCCUCUAUUCAGAUGUAAGCGACGAAGCAAUGAUCACCAUUUGCAUGAUUGAAGCUGCUCGUGCUCGAACUGCAGCUGCAGCCGCUAUUUCCCCUGUCACUUGGGAGAAAUUAAACGAAGUUGAGGAUGAGGGACAACUAACAAUGAAUAUUAGACUUAAUCUAAUCGAUGAACACCUACUUGAAUGUCGGCGAGUACAAAAGCUUCAACGGUUACAUACAACUACCAUUACAAGGCAUCGGAAUUGUCUUCGUCAGCAGUCGUUGAAGGGACUAUGGAAACUUCUUUCUACAUGUUUCGACAAGUCUUCAUAA